GACAAAGUCAGUGCCGUGGGGUCAGACCAAGGGAGUUUUUGCUACUUCUUCGUCUGCAGGAACUCCAAUUACGACACGAAUAGCGAUUUCUUCCACGUCGGGUACCGGGGCUAUCCUGAUUUGUCCAUGACCCCAGUGAACGGACCAGCAGGAAGUACCAGGAACUUUGAAGAUAAAUUGAGCAGUUACAGGUACACAAAUGAACAAUAA